AUGGGUGGAGAUGCGUUGUUUCUCUGUGUUGCCAUCGCCGCCGCCGUGGCUUGCGUUCAGGCAGACAACAGAGAUGACUUGAGGAGGGCGCACGUAAUACCUGACGUCGUUGACGAGGCGCCAGGCAGAACGCUUGUAGUGAAAUACGAUGACACCGAAGUACUCAUAGGCAGACGGCUAGACCUAAAAACGACAGCCAAUGCACCCGGCAUCGAACUGGAACCGGACAAGGCCCUCUACACUCUGGUCAUGGUAGAUCCUGAUGCACCGAGCAGAAAGAAUCCAACACGCAAACAUUGGCUUCACUGGCUCGUUGUAAACAUACCCGCGAAGGGCGGUGUCUCUGCCGGCGACACCAUCACUCCUUACAACGGGCCGAGUCCCCCGAGUGGAACGGGAUUGCAUCGCUACGUUUUUCUCCUUUACGCACAAACAAGCCCCGUCGAGCGAGAGAACCUCAAGAUUCCCUCCGGCAGAGGCAAUUUCAAACUCGCUACAGUCAAGUCAACGCCUGGUGUGUCGCACCUGACGGCAACAAAUUUCUUCACCGCAGCCAACGCUGCCGUGUCGCCAUUCGGUUUUAACAUCACUCUUACCGUAUUUCUUGUGACGUUGACGUUGAUGUUGAUACUGGCAUAA